AUGCCGAAAGGGAAAUUUAGAAAUCCUGAAAAUGCAAAAGGUCCCUUACGCCUCGGCGGUUGGGAGCCUGAUGUAUUCUCAAGUGGAAACAGGUUAAAAACGAGCAACGUGGGACCACAUAAGGAAGCAUCUCUGUCCAAAGACUUGCCCGAUGCUCAGAUUGCUGCACAAACAUUUACUUUUCGUGAGCUUGCUAACGCUACUAAUAACUUCAGGCCUGAGUGUUUCUUAGGAGAGGGAGGUUUUGGACGUGUGUACAAAGGGAGGCUUCCUAGUGGGCAGGCUGUAGCUGUUAAGCAGUUGGAUAGGAAUGGGCUUCAGGGUAAUAGAGAGUUCCUGGUUGAGGUUCUGAUGCUUAGCCUCUUACACCAUCCUAAUUUAGUGAACUUGAUGGGUUACUGUGCUGACGGGGAUCAGAGACUUCUCGUCUAUGAGUUUAUGCCCUUGGGAUCAUUAGAAGACCACCUCCAUGAUCUCCCAACUGAAAAGGAAGCCCUUGAUUGGAACACUAGAAUGAAGAUAGCAGCUGGUGCUGCUCGGGGGCUUGAGUAUCUCCAUGACAAGGCGAAACCCCCGGUGAUUUAUCGUGAUUUUAAGUCAUCCAACAUAUUGCUUGGCGAAGGGUUUUCUCCAAAGCUUUCGGACUUUGGGCUUGCAAAGCUGGGGCCUACAGGGGACAAGUCACAUGUAUCCACCAGGGUCAUGGGGACCUAUGGAUAUUGUGCUCCUGAAUACGCCAUGACUGGUCAGUUGACGGUUAAGUCUGACGUUUACAGCUUUGGGGUCGUGUUUUUGGAGCUCAUCACGGGACGUAAAGCAAUCGACAGCACCCUUCCUCAGGGGGAACAAAACCUUGUCGCCUGGGCAAGGCCGUUGUUCAAUGACCGUCGGAAGUUUGCGAAGCUUGCGGACCCAAGGCUGCAAGGUAGGUUCCCCAUGCGUGGGCUCUACCAAGCUCUGGCAGUGGCCUCCAUGUGUACCCAGGAACAGGCAGCCGCACGGCCUCUAAUAGGGGACGUUGUGACUGCCCUCUCGUACCUGGCAAACCAGGCGUAUGACCCCACACAAGGGAACAGGUCAGGAGGGGACUGUAAAGAUAGGGAUGAGAAAGGCGGGAAACUGUUGAGGAAUGAGGAAGGUGGUGGGUCUGGCCGCAAGUGGGACCUUGAAGGGUCCGAGAGGGAUGACUCUCCCCGGGAGAACCCAAAAUCAACCAAAGACCUGGAGAGGGAACGGGCCGUGGCUGAGGCUAAGAUGUGGGGUGAGAAUUGGCGGGAAAAGAGACGCCAGGUCCAGGACAAUGCUCAGGGAACUUUUGACGGCCAUAAUGGGUGA